ACCACGUACCAUUAGAGCAAAGGAGUAUCAUCAUGUCCACAAAAGAAGAGCCAUUAGACCUCAUUAGGUUCCAUUUAGAUGAAUUCGUUCUAAUCAAAUUGAGAGGAGCACGAGAAAUCAAGGGGAAAUUACAAGGAUACGACUCCCAUUGUAAUAUGGUGUUGAGUGAAGCUGAAGAAUACAUUUAUAACGACAGUAAUGACGACGUAGAAACAAAGAAGACAGAGAUGGUGUUUGUCAGAGGUGACUCAGUUAUUUUGAUAAGUCCUAUAUAGUACUAUCUAAUGCAUGUUUAAUCAAUUC